UUCCCCGAGAGGUGGACACCGCUUCCUGGGCUCUGCUGCGUAUUCUAGCUCUCUCGUCGUCGUUGUCGUCGUUGCGUCAAUUUCGCUGCUUCUACUGCUCUGCAUCGAUGCUUCUAUGCUGCUGUGAUGCUUCAUCUGUUUCCAUGUGGCGCUUUGUUUCAAUCCCCUUGUCAAUCAGUGCCCCUUCGCACCCUCACUCUCGCACUCCCACAAUCGUCGUCCCUGUGUCGUAUACUCCUGGUCAUCGCUGAGGUGGUCACCGCUUGAGUAAGAGUGAGCACAGCUGCUGUAUAUGAAGAAAUCUACAAUCGGGAGAGGAGCUUGGUGAUGGGGUUUAGAGAGAGGAAGCUCUAUGAGACUUUUCCAGGGGGUAGCGGUUGAUGACGUGACAAUACAUAGACGGAGAGCAAGCAAGCCUAGUGCCGGAGAUAUGCUCUUUAAGAUUUUGUCAGAACUGGUAGACACCGAGCGGGUGGGGGCCUUUUCGGCCCAGAGGCGGGGGGUGCAGUGGGAUGACAUUGGGCGGAACUGUGGUGUGAAUAGGGCAUGUGCCAUCGCCAUCACUCUGUGGGUAAUCAUUGUAUGCGUGUUGCUGGGAGUGGCCACUGGUUAUCGACCUUUGAAGGAAAAGGUGCUUGGCUUUGAAGAAUCGCCAUGGCACGAGCGUCUAUUUACAGAAGGCAGUGGAGGACAGUUGGGUCCAUACUCGAUGUUGAACAUCUCAGGGACUUACAAAGGAACAUGGUCACAUCGCAACGGCAACUUUUCAUCCAAGUUUCCCGUGUUCCAGAAAUCUAGUGGAAAUAUAGUUUUUGAACUUACAAGCUCACUAACUGAUAUAAGGGGUGUACACUAUGUACAGGGAGAAGUAGUGCUACGCGAUGGUGUGUAUAUAAGCGAUGGUGAUUUGCAAAUGAAAAUGGAAGGGGUUUAUGUGUGGCCCUUCCGCCAACUUCGGAUGGUCUUGAGCAGUGCGGUGGACAGUGAGAUGAAUCGAGGUGAAGUUUUCAUUCGAUCCAGUCCCUACCACUUGCUCGGCAUGUUUUCAUCGCAGGUGGCACAAGACACUCCUCGUAAUUACCAUCGAAGCAAAAGAAAGACUUCACGUAUUAUGGAGAUGGGAAAGAUGUGCAAGAUUCAACUCGUCACUCAAGUAUCUCCCAGAGUGCCAGAUUAUAAACGCGAGUUUGCAAAAGGGGAACAUGAACGUCAAUUUUGUGAAAUGCGAGGGUUAGUAGAAGGUCCCAGUAUGCAUGAAGACCAAGGCGAAUGUUUCUCUCCGCUUGUCGUGAAUGCCACGUCAGUGAACGUGGAAUUGUAUUACAACAAAGCCGUCAACUACACGUUGAUGGUCACUUUCAUAUCGUUUCUGCAGGUUCUUUUCUUGAUACGUCAAAUGGAGCACAGCAACACUCAAUCUGGUGCUGCAAAGGUAUCAUUGAUGAUGAUAGGACAACAAGCUAUCAUGGAUGCGUAUCUUUGCCUCUUGCACCUUACGGCAGGCAUUCUUGUAGGUCGGGGCUCAUAUACUAUAACAGCGUGGAAGCGCAGAGAAGAGAUCAAUCAAGAAGAGUCGCUGUUCAAUACAUUUGCGACUGCUGCAUUUUUCAAGUUUGUUGUAUUCUCAAUAUUUGAGAUGCGGUACUUGCUUGCUAUUUGGAAGUCGCGAAGGCCUGUCAGUUCUGGAGAAGGGUGGGAAACUAUGCGUCGUGAGCUUUCAGUUCUCUAUUCCCGUUUCUAUGGAUUUCUGCUGAGCGGCAUACUGAUUAUAUAUGAGCUGCAUAGCAUGCUUCGCUACAUCCUUUUCUUGUUUUACUCUUUUUGGAUCCCUCAAAUUGUGGCCAAUGUGGUGCGUGAUUCGCGGAAACCACUCCACCCACACUACAUUGUGGGUAUCACCUUGACACGCUUAGCAAUCCCCCUGUAUGCCUUCGCCUGUCCGAACAACUUCAUGCGUAUCGAACCUAACCUAGGAUGGUGUCUUGGUCUAACCACAUUCUUGGGCGCCCAAGCAGCCAUACUUCUUCUGCAACAUUUCUGUGGAGCCCGGUGUUUCAUUCCACGUCAGCUGCUGCCUGAGAAAUACAGCUACUUCCGCAGAGUGAUUCGUGCUAAUGAACAUAUAGAAAGGGGAGAGGAGUGUACUCCUAUUGACUGCGUGAUUUGCAUGGCUGCUGUUGAUGUUUCACAGCGGUGUAAUGACUGCAUGGUAACUCCGUGCGACCAUUUUUUUCAUACCGGGUGCUUACAAAGGUGGAUGGACAUCAAAAUGGAAUGUCCAACAUGUCGGCGGCCGCUUCCUCCUAUGUAGCUAUCUUAGGACGUAGUUUGUAAACUACUUUGGUUUGUCUCACCAUAAUAUGUCCAUUGGAGCUGUGGCGGAUGGUUUAUUGCAAUGCUGCAGAUCUUUCGACCCUUGGAAAUUCUUUCACCUUUUUUAAUUCUCUUCGACAGUCGUAAGAGUUUGAUGUUGA